UCUGCAGGAAUCAUGGGUGGAGCUGGAGUGAAGGAGGAGCUGUUUAAAAGUCUGUCAUCUCACUAUUUCCUGGAGUCUUCAGAUGAUUGUUAGAGAGCCGAGAGUUUAAACAGAGACUGCUGCUCACUCGUCCGACAUGGUCUGGAGGGUCGUGUAUGUGCUGCUGCUGAUGUUUGACGCUCUCAGAGCUGAGGAGUGUACGGAGAUGACCGACCUGGAUCUGAAGGACUCUCUGACCGGGACAUCUCUGAGCGUGAGAUUACUGCUCUACACUCGGGUCAAUCUGUCCUGCGGUCAUCUGCUGUCCCACCAAGAGCCAUUCAGCAACCCUCGCUUCAACCUCAGCUCCCCGAGCACCUUCCUCAUCCACGGCUACCGGCCCACCGGCUCGCCCCCCCUCUGGCUCACAGAGUUCGUGCAGCUCCUCCUGCAGCGCCGCGACAUGAACGUCAUCGUGGUGGACUGGAACCGUGGAGCCACCAACAUUAACUACUGGAAAGUGGUGGAUAACACACGCAAGGUUGCUGCAAACCUUACAGACCUCAUCCAGAAAAUGGAGGUCAACGGGGCCAAUCUCAGCUCUAUACACAUGAUAGGUGUCAGUUUAGGGGCACACAUUUCAGGUUUCACUGGGGCCAAUUUUAAUGGGAGAAUUGGCAGAAUUACAGCGCUGGAUCCAGCAGGGCCGAAGUUUAACGGUCAGCCUCCCAGUAAACGUCUCGACCCGACUGAUGCCCAGUUCGUGGAGGCCCUGCACACAGACAUGGACGCGCUGGGCUAUCGUGAUCUCCUGGGUCACAUCGACUAUUAUGCAAACGGAGGAGCGGAUCAGCCUGGAUGCCCAAGAAGCAUCUUUUCAGGCUCGCAGUAUUUCAAGUGUGACCAUCAGAGGUCCGUGUUCCUCUACAUGAGCUCACUGAACGGCUCGUGUCCCAUCACUGCGUACCCCUGUGACUCCUACACACUCUUCCAGGACGGGAAGUGCAUGGACUGUGGGAAGUUCGCGCCGGACGGAUGCCCUGUUUUCGGUUAUGAUGCUGUGCGCUGGAGAGACCGUCUGCUGCAGCUGGGACAAACCAGGACUUUCUUCCAAACUAAUAAAGAGUUUCCAUUCUGCAAGUUCGGCUACAAGGUCGAUAUAGUCACAUGGAACCAGAAAACACACUGGGGACAUUUAACCAUUAAAUUAAGCAACAGAAAGGAAGAGGUGCAAGUUGAGCUCAAUCAUAAGACCCUGAUGUUUGAGAGGUUUGUGGAGAGCAGUGUUCUGGCUCAGUUUGAGCGAGACGUCCAGCCUGUGAAAGAGAUCACGCUCCGGUUCUGUACGGGGAAAGGACUCCGGCCGCGGACGAAACUCCGGCUCCUGAGCAUCCGGCUCACUCCUCUCCAGAACCAGCUCAGCGGUGCUCUGUGUCGCUAUGAUCUUCUGCUGGAGGAAAAUAAAGACGUGACGUUCCGACCGGUUCCCUGUGAAGACUCGAACUUCUGAUCCAGACUCUCUCUGUCCGAUCUGAAGCGGUUCCUCUCGGGUCAGCCCUUCAGAAUUGUGAUUUACUGUGUUUUAUUCUCUUCGUGAAGGAACUUGUUUAUUUGUUUUUAUGUAAACAUUUUUGUAAAUGUGUAUCAGUGAUAUUUAUGGUAUUACUUUAAUUGUCUGAGUUGUUACUGGUGUUUUUCCUACAAAACCCCUUUUUACAUCACGUCACUUCUUGCCUUUCUGCCCACUGCAUUUAAAAUGAUAUCAUGAUAAAUCCAUGCAUCUAUAAAUAUAAUAUCAAUGUUAAUACAUAACACUCUACCAUUUCAAAUUUGGGGGUCAAGUACCUAUUGUUUGUUGUUGUUGUUGU